CGUAUAUGAGAGCACAUUGGGGACGACGAGAGUUAGAAGAAGGUGCAGAGGCCCGAGAGCCGUGACUCCGACUUGGAAGGCCGUGUCAAUUCAGCGGGAUACGAUCCCCUACUCCAAUGCACUCUUCGCAAAUAGCAGAAGAUGCUGUGCCCAAGUACCGCAGCUGCUAUGGCACACUUACUCGGAGGAAAUCGAACUCUAUUGCCCCUGCACAGCCUUUUCCUAAUACCGGCAGCGCUUAGAUGAAGGAGGUUCAGCAGCCCCCAUGUACACACACACCGUGCUCGUUGCCUCACAAUGUGCUCCCAAGCAAACGAUGUUCAAGGCAUCCCGUGCAAUUCCCGGCGCUCGACGGGGUCGCAAGGACCAUAGGGUGCGAGAGUGCUUGAAACGUCGCCGAAUGCGGAAUGCCUAUAGCAAGCGGACUACGACGACAGCCGCGUCAGCCCAAUUGGGACCUCGGACCGCUACCGAUGAGCUGCUGAGGGCAUGCGCUCGACUAGAGGCUCAACGUUCUGAGGGUGAACCUCGCAUCUGGGCCCUCCUUAUCGGCAUAAACGACUACAAGCAUAGCAAGAUCACCAACCUCCGCGGCUGCACAAACGAUUGUAACGACUUCUACGCCUUUCUAAGGGAUACCCUGGGCGUUCCUCCGAGCCAGAUCGUCCAUCUCGACAACGCGGCGGCGACGCGCAAGCAUAUCCUGAAGGCAUUCUUCGACCAUCUCAUCGACAACCCAGCCGUCGAGCGGGGCGACGCGAUCGUCAUUUACUACGCUGGUCACGGUGACCGCAGGGACGCUCCCGCCAGCUGGGUCGCUGCGGGCCAUGCAGAUCAGGUCGAAAUGAUCUGUCCGCACGACGAUGGGAUGCUGGACACGAGUGGAACCCCCAUCUUCGGCAUCCCGGAUCGAACGAUUGAAGGGCUCAUGCGGCGGCUGGCCUAUGAGAAGGGAGACAAUAUCGCCGUCGUCUUGGACAGCUGCCACUCAGGUGGCAUGGAUCGCACGUUCGACGGCGGCGAAGUGCGGAACCUCUCCACACGCGGCUGGCUUUUCCGCCCUCGCAUCCCGGAUGACCUCGACCAGGACAUCUGGUCGUGGCAGCCCCCGGAUGACGCUCGCGGUGCGGCGAUGAUACCUCUCGCGAAGCCCGAUCCCGCAGCCUCGACGCCAGAAGCGAGUUCGCACGUUCUCCUUGCGGCGUGCCUCCCCCACGAGACGGCGAAGGAGAUCAUGAUCGGCAACCAACAGCGCGGGAUAUUCACAUACCUCCUGCUCGCGUGCGUGCGCAUGAAUUGCACCAACGAGCUCACAUACGCUCGCCUUGUGGAUGCAUUGCGGAAGCCGGACAACGUGCAUUUCCCUGGCCCGCCUGGUGCGCCUGCGCUGACACAAACUCCGGUGUGCGUGGGGCAGAACAAGCACCGGCUGGUGUUCACCACGAUCGAGCUCGAGGACGACGCGAAGUCGUUCCCAGUUUGCUACGCCGCAGGGCUGCUCUUCGUCGAGGCGGGCCACCGGGAUGGCAUCACUAAGGGCACGCAGUUUGUCGUGGCCAUUCCGUCGCAGUCUCACGUUGCAUCACAGCGCGUCGUGCUCGUCGCAGAGCUUGUCGGCGAUGCAGAGUGCGCGGUGCGGUAUGGCUCCUGCGAGAGAGUAGCGCCACGCGUUGGCCAAGCACUGCACGGGUCUCGGGCUGUGCGCUGUCCCCGAAGCAUGUGGCUAAUGGGCGUCCAUAUGCCCGGCUUUUUUUUUUUCUAAAAUCCGUUAUCUGCGCGAGCUAACUUAAUCUGAUGAAUAUCAGCCCAUCUCCUUCGAUUGAUCGACAGGAAGACGCCGGAGUCGGCGGACCUGGUCAACGUUCAGAGUACGCCCGGCCCUGUCGCCCCGGUCGUCUUUGGGUCGUCUAGCCACAAGUAGCAAUCACUAUUAUAUCAUUGUCCGCAAGACCAUGCGAUUGCACAAGCCAUCUCUGUGGAGAUUGGCCGUGGUUUCGAAGGCC